AUGGACAUAAAUAUAGGGAGUUCAUUUAAAUUAACAAAGAAAUUAGGUGCAGGUAAAUAUGCAGAAAUAUUUCAUGGAAUCAAUCUCAAAACAAACAUGGAAGUGGUAGUUAAACUUGAGCCUGUUAGUACUAAACAUCCACAAUUGUUUUUUGAAGGAAAAGUAUACUAAUACUUGUUAAAAGAACCCUCAGUAAUUGAUAAAGGAAUUCCAAAUGUUUACUAUUGUGCAUCAGAGAGUACAUAUUUUAGUUAACUUAAGGUGAAUAUAAUAUCAUGGUAAUGGAUCUCCUAGGCCCUUCUUUAGAAGAUCUAUUCCAUUCAUGCGGCAGAAAGUUUUCACUAAAGUCAGUAUUAAUGUUGGCUGAUCAAAUGAUUUAAAGGAUUGAAUAUGUUCAUUCUAGGCACAUUUUACAUCGUGAUAUUAAACCUGACAACUUUUUAAUUGGAACAGGCACAACGUACUUUAGAUUUAAAUUUAAAUAGAGCUCAUAUGGUGUAUAUUAUUGAUUUUGGAUUGGCAAAGAAAUAUAUUCAAAAAGAUGGCGAACAUAUUCCCUACAAGGAAGGUAAAAGUUUAACAGGGGCAGUCUGGUUUGCUUCAAUCAAUGCCCUUCUUGGUAUUGAGCAAGUAAAUAAUACAUUUAAAUUAAAGGGAAGAAGAGAUGAUCUUGAAUCAUUAGGUUAUGUCAUGAUUUACUUCUUAAAAGGAUCUCUCCCCUGGUAAAACUUGAAAGUAAGCAUGAAAAAAGAAUACCAUGAAAGUACUAUGGGGAAAAAGCUUUAAAUAUCAAUUGAAUCAUUAUGCAAAGGAUAUCCAUAAGAAUUUGUUACAUACUUAACUUAUGUAAAAAAUUUAAGAUUAGAUGAAAAACCUGAUUACAAUUACUUAAGAACUUUAUUUAAAAACUUAUUUACAAAGAGUGAAUUUGAGAUGGACAAUAUUUAUGAUUGGAAUCUGAUAUAGAAAAUGGAUGGUAUUCCUGGAGAAGCUACAAACAAAUCAACAAAAUAACUGCCAAUAGGUUUACUGCUCCAAAAAUAAGGUUGA